AUGGCCCGCCGUCGUCAAAAGAAAAGAACCCAUCUCCCAGCAGACACCUCUAAAACCUCUGCCACAGGUGUCGGUCAACCUCUCAAUGCCUCGGCAUCCCGCACGCCAAAGACUAUGGUCAUUCGGAUUGGCGCUGGCGAAGUUGGGCCUUCAAUCUCUCAGCUCGUUACUGACGUACGAACAAUGAUGGAGCCACACACUGCGAGCAGGCUGAAGGAGCGUAAGUCAAACAAACUAAAGGAUUAUACCACCAUGGCUGGCCCUCUGGGGGUUACUCAACUUCUCCUUUUCUCAAGAAACGUAAACUCCGGAUCUACAACUCUACGAAUAACGAGAUGCCCUCGUGGUCCUACAAUACACUUCCGUGUGAAGAAUUACUCGCUGUGUAAGGAUGUCCGGAAGAGCAUGCGGAAUCCCAAGACCCCCGGGAAAGAGUUUACUACUCCGCCUUUGCUUGUAAUGAACGGUUUUAAUACUCCUCAACCGCCGAAGCCCGAUGGCACACCUGGGCGCCCACCUCCCCACGAAAUGCUCCUUACCAGCAUGUUCCAAUCCCUCUUUCCGCCCAUUUCUGCCCAGCGCACUCCUCUCGCAUCGAUCCGCCGUAUUCUCCUCCUCAACCGCAGACCUGUCUCCGAGGCCGACCCCAAAGAUGGCACCACUUCCGAAUAUGUAAUUGACGUGCGCCACUACAUUAUCAACACCAAGCCUGUUGGAGUCUCACGUCCAAUCCGGCGCAUCAAUGCCGCUGAGCGAACCUUGCGUGCAAAAUCCUCCGGCGAGAAGGGUAGCAAAAGAGGUGCAUUGCCGAAUUUGAGUGGGCUCGAAGAUAUUGCAGAUUACAUGCUCGACCCAGGUGCGGGUGGAUACACAUCUGAGUCUGAGGUCGAGGAGGAUGCUGAGGUUGAAGUUCUUCCUGGGAAUAGUCGCCACACUGUUAAAAAGAAGAGGGCCCCGAAGGGGCCGCAGAAGAGGGCUGUUAAGCUGUCUGAGAUUGGGCCGAGAAUGAGAUUAGAGAUGGUGAAAAUAGAGGAAGGUUUGGCAGAAGGAAAGGUUCUCUGGCACGCCUACGAGACGAAGACGAAACAGGAAGAACGGGAGUUGGAGGAGAGGCAUAAGAUCAAGAAGGCAGAGCGCGAUCAAAGGAGGGCAAUUCAGCAGGAAAACGUUAAGAGAAAGAAGGCAGAAAAGGAAGCACUUAAAGGAAAGAAGCAAGCAGAGGGUAAAGAAGGAGGAGAAGAAGCUGAUAAUGAUGACGAUGACGAUGAUGAUGAGCCAGAGAUGUGGGACGACGAUGAUUUCGAGGACGAGGAUGAAAGCGAAAAUGAAGAGGAUGUAGAGAUGGAAGAUGAAUAG